UAAAUCAUUGUAUCAUUCUCAAUCUAUUCCAACAUGAGACCAUCUUCAAUCCAUUGUAACAUCAUGGUAUGCAACAAAACAACCAUUCUUAUAUGGCUUUUAUUUGCCGAUCUCAUUAGAAUUGCGUUUGCUUCUAUCGUUUCUACCGGAAAUUUCAACGAGGACUUCUAUAUAGCCUGGUCUCCUAGCCACAUAAACACAUCGCCCGACGGGCGAUCAAGGAGCGUAAAACUCGACCAGGAAUCAGGCUCAUCUUUCGUUUCGAACAAUAUGUUCUUGUUCGGGGAGAUCGAUAUGCAGAUCAAACUGAUACCAGGCUAUUCCGCGGGCACGGUUGUAGCCUUCUAUAUGACUUCUGAUCAACCUAAUAGAGACGAGAUCGACUUCGAAUUCCUCGGUAAUGUUACCGGUCAGCCGUAUAUCCUGCAAACAAAUGUGUUUGUUGAUGGCUUUGGAAACAGGGAGGAGAGGAUUUACUUGUGGUUUGACCCAACUAAAGAUUUCCACACAUAUUCAAUCCUCUGGAACUUAUAUCAGAUAGUGUUCAUGGUGGAUUGGGUGCCAAUUAGGGUGUACAGAAACCACGGAGACGAAGGAGUGCCGUUUCCAAGGUGGCAGCCAAUGUCGGUCAAGGCAAGCAUAUGGAACGGCGAUAGCUGGGCGACGCGCGGGGGCCGCGACAAGGUUGACUGGUCAAAGGGGCCCUUCAUAGCCUCAUUUAGGAACUACAAGAUUGAUGCUUGUGUGUGGAAGGGAAACCCUAGAUUCUGCAUGGUAGGGAACAAAACCAACUGGUGGAAUAACCCCAGUUUAAGAAGCCUUAGUUGGAGGCAAAGAAGGUUAUUUAGAUGGGCAAGGAAAUAUUACCUUGUAUAUGACUAUUGUCAUGACACAAAGAGGUUUCAAGAACAACUACCAAUGGAAUGCUCACUUCCAAAGUACUAAAUUUUUUUUUUUUAAAAAAAAAGCUUCCUUUUAUUUAUCACUUGGUAAUUGUUGGGUGCCCUAAAUAAUUGAAGAAAAAUAA